AUGGACUCACCGCGCUCCCAAACGUCUGGAUUGCCUUAUUUGCCGAAGCGCGGCGAUUCACUUGAAAGCAAGCUUCACCAAAUUCCAAGGAAAGAAGUCGGGGCAUCUCCUGCAUCAUCGCAAUACGGGGACUCCCCCAUGCUCCGUAGUGACACUUUCGAACAGCCCAUUCAACCUACUGCCUUGAAAACAUCACCACUAGAAUCACACCCAUACGAUGGCGCCGGCGCAUCGACUUUGCUACGAUAUAACAGCGGAGGUGACUUCUCUAUGGACGAAGAAUUAUCGCGCAUCAUUGGUGGUGAUGACAUUGUUGGGCAAAAUAACGAGUCAUUCCUGCGACGCGUCUCAAACUCCGUUCGCCACGGUCGAAGCUUCAGCGAGAAGAGUGUGCGGAUGAGCAAAGAUCUCAAGAACCCUCGAUCGCCUAGCAAUCCAAGCAUAGCCGGGACGGAUGUUGGCAGUCCCAUCGCAGGGUCACAGAGUGAAGAGAUCUCCUGGCUUCGUAACGAACUGCGGAAGGAACGUCUUCGUGUUUCAGAACUAGAAUCAGCCGCUCGUACCGCAGCAGCCGUCAAGCAAGUUAACACCGAGCUUUCUGAGAAGCGAUCUACCAUGGUCGUCCUUGAUGCGCAGCGUGAGAUCGUUCUGCGUGAGCUCACCGUUCUCACUGACCAUAUGGAGGCUGAAAAGCGUGGUGGCCCCAGUGGGCCAUUGGAUCUUGGCAAACUCUCGAACCAUGUACUGCGCGAGCUGGCGGAGUCCAUUCAAAAACUGAAAGACUCGUUUGCCCCGCAAAUCGAAGAGCUUAUGCAGAAGCGCAAUGAACUCACGGAUGAACUGGAAGCUAUGAGAACUCAAAAGGAAAAGAGCUUCCAGGAAUUCGAGCAAUUGUCUAUGAAGAACGCUCAGCUAGCUGAGUUGAACAACCAGUUGGUUCACCAGAUCCAAGAACUCUACAAAGCCAUGGAAGGUCAACCGCGACCUAACGGUCUUGGCAUUUCGCACAGCAAACAGAGAUCGACACACUCUAUUGAAGUGAUGAAACCUUCCUUCAACGACUAUCAUGGGUCUAUGUCUACUGCUCACAUUUCGGAGGACUCUGAGCCUGCUACAGCUACCGUUGUCCCAGGCCCUCAGGUUGUCAGCAUUCGCAAGGGUCAGCCUCGCAAGUUUAACUGGAAGAAGGGUGGACAGAAUGUUGCCAAGGGUGUCAAGGGUCUCAAGGGAGCGUUUAUGUCUAGCGAAGGCGGACAGGCACAAGAGGGUGGAAAUGGUAUACCGCGUUCCCAGACUCAAGACCCGAGUCGCCAAGGGUUUGGGUUCUUUGGAAAUCAGAAGGGCAAGCAGGGGGGAAAGAUGUCACAGGCUGACAGCGUGCCCGUGUUGGCUGAAGCUACCGCCGAUGCUCUUUUCGGCACCGAACUUGAGGCUCGCAUGGAACACGAAAAGAGCAUCAUUCCAGCCAUAGUCACGCGAUGUAUCCAGGAAGUUGAAUUGCGAGGAAUGAACAUGGAAGGCAUCUAUCGCAAGUCUGGUGCCGCUUCAGUCAUUCAGACCAUUCGCGAAGGCUUUGAAUGCUCUCCAUUUGAUUACGACAUUUCCGACCCUGACCUCGAUAUCCAUGCUGUCACAUCCACUUUGAAGCAGUAUUUCAGAAAGCUUCCUAACCCACUGAUCACUUACGAAGUUUACGAACUUGUGAUAGAUUCUGCCGAGGUCAGCCCUAUGUCCGCGCGAAUUGAACUCAUGCAAAAGAGUCUCCUCGAGCUGCCUCGUGUGCACCGCGACGUCCUGGAGUUUCUCGUCUUCCAUCUCAGACGCGUAGUCGAGCGCCACGAAGAGAAUUUGAUGACGAGUCAGAACGUUGCAGUGGUCUUUGCGCCGACUAUCAUGCGACCUGAGAGUCUUUCCCGUGAGAUGAGUGAUGUCCAAAAGAAAAAUGACGUCCUCAAGUUCCUGGUGGAGAACUGCCAUGAUGUCUUCAUGGGCAUGCAGGGCUAG